AUGGUUGCUGCUUUUAUAAAUUCUGCAGAAUUUGCAAAAAUAAUGGAAGAAAAAAGAAUAAGAGUGGAAGUAGAUUCACAAGUUUGUGAAUUAGAUGCGGCAGAGUGUAAUACAAUUGAGGAUAUAAAGGGAAAGAUAAAACUAAUGUAUAAAAUAGAGGAUGUUGAAUUGUUUCAUAAGGAAAAUCUUCUUAUAGAUUCACAGGAGUACAGAAAACUGUUAGAGGGGAUAGAGACAAUAGACAUAAAAGCAAUACUGGGAAAGUAUAGAUGUAACAACUCAGCAGAAGAAGGUUCAGAAGAAGUAAAGGAGAGUGCAGCUCCACAAAUAGCGCAGUCUGAUUUAGAUCGAGCAUGCGCUAUUAGUAAUGUACUGCAAGAAGCCAUUACCACUGAGCUGAAUCAAAAUGAAAAUUCGCAUAAUAUGCAUAAAAACAAAUGUAUAAUUAAUGCAGAAGAAAAAGAAACAACAAAAUCCGAAGAAUUAAUUUACAAUUAUGGUGUAAAUAGUAUAGAAAAAUCUGAGAUUAUCGAUGAAACUAAAAAUGCCAAUGAGAAGAAAUACUCAGAAGAAGAGGAAGAUAUAAAACAGUGUGCAAGUGAUAUUUCUGCAGAUUUGUCUGUUGAAACAGUUGAAACAAACACUUUAGAAGUUAACCAUAUAGAACAAAACAGUAAACCAAUUAAUACAGAAGAAAAGCUUCAAGAAAAGGACAAUACUGAUAAAAACAGAGACGAUUUAUUCUUAAAUAAUAAGAUAGAAGAUAAUUCGAUGAAAGGUUUAAUAGACUCAGAAAACAGUAUAAAACAGACCGCAGAUUCUACAGUUGAGAAUAUACUUGAAGAAAAUAGCGAGUUUGUUUCUAUACGAACAAUCGAAACAAAUAAGGAGCUGUUCGUAAAAAAGAAUUCUUUAAUAAAUAUAAAUGGAAAGAUGUAUUAUCUGAAGAAAAAGAAAGGAAAAAGAAUCACCACAAGCACACUAAGUCAAACAGUGACAAGGUUACUUCCUCGGCUGUCAUCACUUGCCACCUAUCUGUUCUUUGCAAUAUUUCUAACAUUUUAUAUGAAUUUAGUCUUUCUUAUAAUUCUUCUGGUUAUUCUAACACUAUUUGCAUUAGAAAAAAUUCGGCUAAAGAUUGAAUUUAGGCGCAAUGAUAGAUUUAAAAACAUGCUUAAACAAAUUUUAUGCUUUAUUAGUUCCUUAUGGCUGAAUCCAGGACAUAAUAUGACUGUAUACGAAAGAACCAAUGAAUAA